AUGGGCAAAAUUGACAGCGCCGCCAAAAAGCUCCGGGUGGUGUUCCUGCACGGGUUCACGCAGACGGAUGAGAUGCUAAGGCAGAAGACGUACGCCUUCAAGACGACGUGUUCGCACUACCUCGACAUCAAGUACGUCUGCUCGCCGCACGUGCUGCGGACGCCCCCGGCGUUCCACGACGACGCCCGCACCGGGAAGGACGAUGACGAGAUCAGGGAAAUGGAAAACGCGGCGCGCGAGGCGUACGUCAGAGACCACGGAACCAAGGACAGCUACGGAAACACGUGGUUCUUCACGGGCAGUCACGGCGAGUACUCCUCGCAGGUGAAGUCCGCAGAAGUGGUGGGACUCGAGGACUCGUUCAAGGUCGUGUUCGACGCCUGCAAGGAGCACAACGCGGACGGGAUCAUGGGCUUCAGCCUCGGCGCACUCAUGACCGCACUCGCCGCGCAGAGGGCGCUGCAGGACGAAUCCGUCGGAUGGAAGCCGAAGUUUGCCGUGCUUUUCAGUCCGCCGAUGGUCGGAAACCAGACCAUAUGCAACAUCCUGGAGAGCGGGCCUAAGAUCGACGUGCCGUCGCUGCAUCUCAUCAGCGAAAACGACACCAUCGUCAAGCCUGAACGGUCGUACCGCAUACUCAAGUACUUCAGGGAACCUGAGGUCAGAUUCCACUCGGCAGCGCACACAGUCCCGCAUACCGAGUGCAAGGAAGUCUACCGCAACUUCUUCACUCGCUUCCUCUCACACGCAACAUAG